AAAUUUCAUCAAAACAAACUGAAACCUAACCUAGCCACAGCAACGACGGCCAGACUCCUCUCUUCCGCCGCCCUAUAGAAAGAGACGAACGAAGGAGGAAUCAAUCUCUUCAAUGGCCAAGAAGACGACGAAGAAGACUAAGGAAGUUGAUCCUGUUCUUAACGUAGUAGAGGAAGCUCCUUCUGAACACACUGAAGAUGAGAGCCUGUCAGAAGACGAGAGUUACGUUGUAACAGAAUCUGAAUCUGAAUCAGAAUCAGAAGACGUUGUGGUUUCAGAUGAUGAUGAGGAGAUAACGGAGCCAAACAGUAACAAUAGUACAGAUGAUAAUAAAAGCGACGUCGUUGUUCAUGGUGAUAUUUAUGACAAUAAUGAUGAUAUUGGUUCAGAAGAUGGAAGUGGAAGUGAUGACAGUCGUGAAGUAGUUGAAGAAAGUGAUUCAUCUGAAGAUGAGGUUGCCCCUCGUAAUACAGUUGGCGAUGUUCCUUUGGAGUGGUAUGGAGAGGAGGAACAUAUUGGAUAUGAUCUAUCAGGGAAGAAGAUUAAGAAGAAGGAGAGACAAGAUAAACUGACUACUUUCCUUGCUAAUGCCGAUGACACACAAAACUGGCGCAGGUUUUAUGAUGAGUAUAAUGGUGAAACGGUGGAGCUGACGAAACAUGAGGUUAAACUUAUUAGUAGAAUUAUUGAAGGGAAGGCACCACAUUCUGAUUUUGAUCCUCAUCAGAAUUAUGUUGAUUGGUUUGCAUGGAAAGAUUCGAAUCAUCCCCUUUCAAAUGCACCAGAACCAAAAAGGCGAUUCAUCCCUUCAAAAUGGGAGAGUAAGAAGGUUGUGGAGUUGGUGAGGGCAAUCCGAAAGGGUUCAAUUAAAUUUGAUAAGCCCAAAGAAGAACCAAAGUAUUAUAACUUGUGGGAAGAUGAUACCAGCUCUGAAAGAAAUCAUGGGUUGGCUUACAUUCCUGCACCAAAACAAAAGUUACCAGGACAUGAAGCAUCAUAUAACCCUUCUUUGGAAUAUAUUCCAACCCAAGAGGAAAUCAACUCUUAUCAGCUUAUGUUUGAGGAGGACCGGCCUAAGUUUAUUCCAAAAAGAUUUGCAUCUUUGAGAAGUGUCCCUGCAUAUGAGAAUGCUGUUAGCGAGACAUUUGAGCGCUGUUUGGACCUAUAUUUGUGCCCCAGAGCUCGUAAGAAACGAAUUAAUAUAGACCCGGAGUCUUUGAAGCCAAAAUUACCUAGCCGCAAAGAUCUUAAGCCUUACCCUACUGUAUGCUAUCUCGAGUAUAAAGGUCAUACGGAUGCAGUUACAAGUAUUUCUACUGACCCUUCAGGCCAGUGGAUUGCAUCUGGUUCAAGUGAUGGAACUGCACGAAUCUGGGAUGUUGAAACUACUAGAUGUAUUAAGGUCUGGGAGCUUGGUGAACCUGUCAAGCAUAUUUCAUGGAAUCCUGAGCAUAGUCUUCCUCUGUUGGCAGUUACUUUGGGACAUACUGUUGUUAUUUUGAACACUGGGCUUGGAUUUAAUGAUGAGCAAAAGAAUAUUAAAGAACUGUUGAAUCUUGAGACACCCACGAAAUCAGACGACUCUGACAAUGUUGCAUCAUUUGUUAGCUGGGCUAAAGAUGAAAAGCAUGAUGGAAUUGUCUUAACGCAUUUUAAGUCUGUAUCGUCAACGGAAUGGCAUCGAAAAGGAGACUAUUUCUCAACUGUUAUGCCUUCUGGUGAAUCCAAAGCAAUAUUGAUCCACCAGCUAACAAAGAAACUAACUCAAAGAAUUCCAUUCAAACUCCAUGGGCUUCCAGUUUCAUCUGCUUUCCAUCCAACCCGAUCUGUAUUUUUUGUGUCCACGAAGAAGAAUAUUCGCGUUUAUGAUCUACUGAAGCAAAAACUAAUUAAGAAGCUGGAAACUGGAAUGCGUGAAGUUUCUUCUAUUGCAAUUCAUCCUGCAGGUGAUAAUCUUAUUGUUGGUAGUAGAGAAGGGAAAAUGUGUUGGUUUGAUAUGGACCUUUCAUCAAAGCCUUACAGAAUACUAAAGUGUCAUCAGAAGGAUAUAACAAAUGUGGCGUUUCAUCGAAAAUAUCCAUUGUUUGCUUCGUGCUCCGACGACUGUACGGCGUAUGUUUUCCAUGGUACAGUUUAUUCUGAUCUGAAUCAGAACCCGCUAAUUGUUCCUCUAGAGAUUCUUCGAGGGCAUUCGACUUCAAGAGGAAGAGGAGUGAUGGACUGUAAGUUCCAUCCUAGGCAACCAUGGCUGUUUACUGCAGGAGCGGACUCUCUUAUAAGAUUAUACUGUCACUAAAAUAAGAGCAUUUUCGAUGUUCUUAUAAAUCUUGUUAGCAAAUGAAACAUUGUCAUUCAAGAUUGUGUGUGAAGUUUUGCUUUAUUACACAUCUUUCAUGUUGAGAGUGUAUUAUUAUUAUUAUUAUUAUUAUUUUUUGUUAAAAGAGACUCUAGGAGUAUGCAAUUAUUUUCCCCACACAGUCAAAUUUUGAGAUAAAUUAUGUCUUUUAUUAUUUUUAUUGUU